GGACAAGAAAACCAAAACCAUGUCACUCAAAGAAUGACGAAAUGGAAGAAAGAACGUUUAAAAAUAAUUGACAACCACCGCCCACUUUCCUUUUUCCCUUCAUUUCUUUCCACUUACUUCAUUUAUUAUUAUGAUUUGGGAAUUGGGAUUCCUCAAGUCAACUAUCCUCAAACAGCCAAACCCAAAGAUGCCUCAUUUCUAUACUAUAUAUAAGUCCGUAAAACCCAUCACUACCAAUCAUCACCACCAUCACCAAAUGUAACAAAACGAUCACAGUUUUUAUCGACUUUUAAUCACAGAUCUUAGAAACUAGUGAUCCAGAAAUGGAUAGUGAAGACACCACAUCAGCACCAUCGACCCCAGCCACACCAGGGACACCAGGUGCACCACUCUUCAGUGGGUUCAGACCAGAUCAUAGGAACCACGGACCCAAUGCCUUGAAGAAAUCACUUCUCAAUAGCUUCAAAUGUUUCAGCGUUGAAACUCUGGCCAAAGAAGAAGGCACUCUACCUACUGUCACUUGUUACUUACCCCCUCCCCCUAUCUCACUAGCAAGAAAGGUUGGAGCCGAGUUCAUAGGAACCAUGAUACUGAUAUUUGCGGGAACGGCUACAGCCAUAGUGAACCAAAAGACACCAGGGUCCGAGACCCUGAUCGGGUUAGCCGGUUCAUCCGGGCUCGCUGUUAUGAUCGUUAUACUAUCGACAGGUCAUAUCUCAGGAGCCCACUUGAACCCAUCCAUCACCAUAGCUUUUGCUGCCCUCAAGCAUUUUCCAUGGAAGCAUGUGCCGGUGUACAUAGGGGCACAGAUGCUGGCGUCGAUAUGUGCAGCAUUUACACUGAAAGCGGUGUUUGAUCCAAUGAUGGGUGGGGGUGUGACUGUUCCUUCAGUUAAGUAUGGACAAGCGUAUGCUUUAGAGUUCAUAAUUGCGUUUAAUCUCAUGUUUGUGGUCACGGCUGUUGCUACCGACACUCGAGCUGUUGGCGAGCUGGCGGGAAUAGCUGUGGGAGCAACUGUCAUGCUUAAUAUUCUUAUAGCUGGGCCACUUACAGGAGCAUCAAUGAAUCCAGCAAGAACUUUAGGACCAGCAAUGGCUGCAAACAACUACAAAGGCAUCUGGAUCUACCUUACAGCUCCCUUCCUUGGCGCACUAGCUGGUGCAGGUAUUUACACAGCAGUGAAACUGCCUGAGGAAGAUGGUGAUGAUCAUCAUCAUGAUCCUAAUAAGCCUCAAGGACAUAGCUUUAGAAGAUAAUCCACAACAACACAUCACAUGUAAAACCACCACCACCACCAUGCCUACACUGAUAAGACCAGAUAAUCCAUUAUACCCCAACAGUGGGUCAACGGAGAUCUGAUUAUGGGUACAUAUUUAAUUAUUGAUCGUUGUAUCUUGAGUCUUCUUGACAAUGGCAUAAAUUAAUGAUAGAACUUAUUGCAUGUUUUGCUCACUUCCUGUUGAAUGAUGUAAAGGCUACUAUUGUUUCUGUUUGAGUGCCAUUUUAGAAGGCAAAAAGUUAAAUAUUUAACAGCCAUGAAAUGUGUAACUAUCGUUGAAAAAAGUAGAGGUCUACAAACAUAGUAAAUGGCCACUAAGAUGCCUAUAUUAUAAGGACACUACGAGACAUGCUAUAUUAAGUGUAUUAAAGGGCACCAUUGAAGAUGAAUGUAAAGAUGCUUACUAGCGAGUGCAAAAGAUACCUAGUCCCAUAGCAGCUAGAGGUGCCAAAUUGGCCAUUUUGAACCAUUCCACAUGAAUUACAUAUCAUUAAUAAAGCAUACUAAAUUGGCCUAUGAGCCUAUUAGACUUUCAAUUUCUUGCCUAUUGUUUAUGUCCUUUAUUUACCCAUCGUUAACUUCUAUUUAGGAAAAUGAAGUUCCACUAUGGUCCAAUUUUUGCUAUUAGGUUUCGGAAAUUGAUAGAAAUUUCGUAUCUUCGUCUUAGCGAAUCUGAAGUAGUCAGAAAAAUAAGAGGCCAUACGUCCACAAGCCAUUCUGGCACAUAUAAAGAGGGAGAUAGUGGAAGAAGAAUCUGAUCAAAUUGCUCCCAAUCUUGUAUCAACAACUCGUGACAUAACAAUAUUCGUGAUCAAACUGUAAAACAAUGCAACAUACCAGAUUUUUUGGGUUUUAUGCAAGCUAUGUGUAGUCUUGAUCGAGUGAUCUGAUUAAUUAAAUGUAAAAGUAGUUCAAUCGAGAAGAUGUCUUCGUAACUUGUUGAUCUUUGAUCUAAAGGAUGAAUUUUGAACAAAUUUGAC